CUCUACCACAGGUAAUCACAUUCAGCUAGCUCUCCAAUCCAUAUUUUUACCACCAACUACUUACUAGACAACCAUAUGUGUAUUUUCCUCCAAAGUUUGGGCUAGGCACAUCCUACUCUCGCGCAGCGAUGGACCCCGCAUCUCUGGUUCUGGCCACUCUUGUGCUGAUCAAGCCCAUCUGCACCACGAUUCAUACAGCUCUCACCAACUAUAGCCUUUACGCGAGAGACGCAAACUCACUUAGUCUACGGUUUUCAUUACAACAGACGCGUCUUGAAUCCCUCCAGGUGGUGCUCACCGAAGACAAGUUGAUCCCAGGUGUUCGCGGCCGACUGGUUGACAAUUUGAGCCCCAACACACUCCAUAUCUUGAAUGAUCUGGUUCAAGAACUGCACUAUAUCCUUAACGAAUAUGUCGCAUUGAAAAUGCACCGGGAGGUGCUCAGCACUAGCUCAGGAGACCAAGUUUCCAGGGCCCUGGAAGAGGCCGGUCACAGCCCAGGACCCGCAUCCCAAUACCAGCUACAGAGCUAUGCAUCCGGCAUUCCGAACUCCUUGGCCACCACGAAGAUGAAGUUGAUCAGCACGACUAGGAGACUACAGUGGAGUAUCAGCAGACGUGACACGGUGGAGGGCGUCGUAACGAGCUUUGAGGAAUGGACUGAGAGAACGAAAGCUCUCGUUGAGACCUUGCUUUGGUCAAUCCCCGUGAACUCCCCCAUGGAGCAGAUUCGGGUGCUUCAGAGGGAUGAGGAUGCAAGCAAUAUAGGCUUGCUCGAUGGGAUCAAGAUUAGAGAGCUUCUCGCAGCAUCUCCGGCCUUUGCCGAAUCCCAUGUCAACGGCCUCUAUAGUAGAGCGUUUGAAGAGCGUUACACCGUUGGCGGCUUCAAUGUUGGAACUAUCCACCAAAAGGAGGGUCUUUUCUUGAUUGAAUACAAACAUGGCGGUACACCUGGCGAAGAGGGCAUCAACCAUGGAACACGCCAGCAAGUCAUCAGACUUGCCGCUCUUCUCCACGAAGCGCCGUCUGCUGAUGAAGGUCUCGGGGUUCUGAAUUGCACAAAUUACAUCGAGGACCUCACCAGCAAUGUUCUGGGCAUUGUUUACGCCUUGCCUAGCGCAUACACAACCAGCUCACUCCCACCAAAAACUUUGAGCAGCUUGCUUCUACAGACGACCGUGCCGAAGACAAGUUUGGACGUUAGAAUUCGGAUAGCUUGCAACAUAGCUUAUACUGUGCACCGGCUUCACAUUUAUGGCUGGGUGCAUAAGUCUCUGCGUUCCGAUAAUAUUCUUUUCUUUCCGCUAGACCCCUCAAAUAACGACAGAGGCUAUGAUUUGUCGAAACCAAAGAUACUCGGUUUCGACUGGGCACGGAAGGAAGACGAGAUCUCCCCAGAGGACCCAGGACUGGAGAUCAAGCACAAUAUCUACCGUCAUCCCCAACGGUGGGGACAGCCGACGAGUCGAUUCGACAAGACGCACGACAUAUACGCACUGGGCGUCAUAUUGCUAGAGCUAGGGCUUGGCGAGAGCGUGGCUAGACUCGACGGCGGGGCGCUGAUGAGGAAUCAGGCGUAUCAUGACCCUACUGUUAUGAAUCGCAAGCUCCUCCAGCAUGCCAGUCUUCGCAUAGGGUUUUAUGGCGGGACCAGACUGCGUGAUAUUGUCACUGGUUGUUUAACCGGCGAGUGGAGGGGCAGUUCGAUUGUUCACCAGCUACCGGAUGUGGUCAUGUGUCUUAUGAGCAUAGCGAUGGUAUUGAGUGAGGAAGAAGCCCAGCCGUGAUGUGCUAACCCAGGCAUCCAAAUUUUCUCUCUGAUAUGGAUCGGUGUUUUUCUAGGGAGGAGGCCAGGGAGUUACUUUGGCGGCUAUAGUGAAACUUGGUCCCAGGAACAGGAAGAUGAAGAAUUGAGAUGUUUCAGAAUGAUGCCAUUAGAACAAAAUCCUACUUGAGUUGGACUUGAAUUCCGGGACGUCUUCAGGGUUAUCCUAGGCGAAGGCUUUUCCGAAGAAAGGAUUGGAGUCGCUCCUGGGGACGACUUCAGGAUGGCACUGGGAGAAGACUUCGCAAAGACAGAGUAAGAGGAUUCUUGAGCUCGAUGCUAUGUUCAUAACAAACAUAGGCUUUAAAGACGUUCUCGUUGGUGAGGGC